UUGGCUGCGCUGCCGCUGUUGUCUUCUCGCUUCUUCUGAUCAAGAUGGCUGCUGUUGUCGGGGAUGGAGAGUAGACGAAACCUUUCAUCCGAAGACAGGCCGAGGAAACGCACUUAAACCCACGCAGCCGUGGACAUCUAAACCCGGCCGGACCCGAACCAGAACCGCUCGAACGGAAAUCAGUUCUUUAUUGAAGGGGGCGCUGUGACGGACCGCAGACAUGGACACCACCACGUCCAUCAAGAUGACCACGCUGGCCAUCCAGAACCUGUUCAGCUACGUGGAGGAGGAGAACCUGGCCGCCCUGAAGACUCACCUGGACCGCUUCAAGGAGGUGGACGGACGCAGCGACGGCGGCUGGACGGCUCUGAUGUGGGCGUCCUACAAAGGUCGUGUGGAGGUGACCAAACUGCUGCUGGAGGAAGGAGGGAACCCCAACACCACGGGUCAGUACAGCGUUUAUCCGAUCAUCUGGGCUGCGGGUCGAGGUCACUCGGAGAUCGUCAAGCUGCUGCUGCAUCACGGCGCCAAAGUCAACUGUUCAGAUAAGUACGGCACCACUCCUCUGAUCUGGGCGGCCAGGAAGGGACAUUACGACUGCCUGAUGCACCUGCUGGAGAAAGGAGCCGACGUUGACCAGGAGGGGGCGAACUCCAUGACGGCGCUGAUCGUGGCGGUGAAGGGCGGCUACACGAAGGUGGUGAAGGAGCUGCUGAAGCGGAACCCCAACGUCAACAUGACCGACAAGGACGGGAACACGGCGCUGAUGAUCGCCGCCAAGGAGGGCCACACCGAGAUUGUCCAGGACCUGCUGGACGCGGGGACGUACGUCAACAUCCCCGACCGGAGCGGGGACACGGUGCUGAUUGGAGCGGUGAGGGGCGGCCACGUGGAGAUCGUCAGAGCUCUGCUGCACAAAUACGCCGACAUCGACAUCAGAGGGCAGGAAAAUAAAACGGCUCUUUAUUGGGCCGUGGAGAAAGGAAACGCCACCAUGGUGAGAGACAUCCUGCAGUGUAACCCCGACACAGAGACCUGCACCAAGGACGGGGAGACGCCUCUGAUCAAAGCUACAAAAAUGAGGAACAUAGAGAUCGUGGAGCUGCUGCUCGAUAAAGGAGCCAAAGUGUCAGCCGUGGACAAGAAAGGAGACACGCCGCUCCACAUCGCCAUCCGCGGGCGGAGCCGCCGCCUGGCCGAGCUCCUGCUCCGUAACCCCAAAGAUGGCCGCCUGCUGUACCGCCCCAACAAGGCUGGGGAGACGCCAUACAACAUCGACUGCAGCCACCAGAAGAGCAUCCUCACCCAGAUCUUUGGAGCCCGUCACCUGUCCCCCACAGAGACGGACGGAGACAUGUUGGGCUACGACCUGUACAGCUCUGCUCUGGCAGACAUCCUGAGUGAACCCACCAUGCAGCCCCCCAUCUGCGUGGGUCUGUACGCCCAGUGGGGCAGCGGCAAGUCCUUCCUGCUCAAAAAGCUGGAGGAUGAGAUGAAGACGUUCGCAGGGCAGCAGAUCGAGCCAUUGUUACAGUUCUCCUGGCUCGCCGUCUUUAUGUCGCUGCUGUUCUGUGGCUCCGUCGCCAUCGUCCUCGGCCUCACCAUCGAACCAAAACUCGCCAUUGCAAUGUCCCUGACCCUGCUGUCUGUACUUUACAUUUUAUGUGUGGUCGUGUACUUCGGAGGGCGCAGGGAGGGCGAGAACUGGACGUGGGCGUGGCUCCUCAGCACCCGUCUGGCUCGCCACAUCGGCUACUUGGAGCUGCUGCUGAAGCUGAUGUUCGUCAACCCGCCGGAGCUGCCGGAGCAGAGCACCAGGGCUCUACCUGUCAGGUUCCUGUUCACCGACUACAACCGCCUUUCCAGCGUCGGGGGAGAGACGUCCAUGGCCGAGAUGAUCGCGACGCUGUCGGACGCCUGCGAGAGAGAGUUCGGCUUCCUCGCCACACGUCUGUUCAGAGUGUUUAAGACAGAGGAGACACAAGGAAAGAGGAAGUGGAAGAGGACGUGCUGCCUGCCGUCCUUCAUCCUCUUCCUCUUCGUCCUGGCCUGCCUGGUGGCCGGCAUGUCGCUGCUGGUCAUCUUCAAGGUGGACAGCGAGAACCAGACGGUGAACGCGGUCCAGAUCGCCGUGGGCAGCGUGGUGGGGCUGGCCGUGCUGCUGAACUGCAGGACCUGGUGGCAGGUCACCGACUCGGUGCUGAACUCGCAGAGGAAGAGACUCCACGGCGCCGCCAACAGGAUGACCAAACUGAAGAGCGAGGGCUUCAUGAAGGUGUUGAAGCAUGAGGUGGAGCUGAUGGCGAGGAUGGCGAAGACCAUCGACAGCUUCACGCAGCAUCAGACGAGGCUGGUGGUCGUCAUCGACGGCCUGGACUCGUGCGAACAGGACAAAGUCCUGCAGAUGCUCGACACGGUCCGAGUCUUGUUCUCCAAAGGCCCCUUCAUCUCCAUCUUCGCCAGCGACCCGCACAUCAUCAUCAAAGCCAUCAACCAGAACCUGAACAGCGUCCUGCGGGACUCCAACAUCAACGGACACGACUACAUGAGGAACAUCGUCCACCUGCCCGUCUUCCUCAACAGCCGCGGGCUCUCCAGCGCCAGGAAGAUGUGCGCCGCCGCAGCGCCAACCAACGGGGACGCCGCCAACUCUGAAGCCGGUUGGCACGAAGAACUGGACCGGAAACUUUCUCAGCACAGUUUGGGAGAGUUAACAAAGUUUGGCAGCAAAUCGACUCUGAACCGCAGGGACACGUACCGGCGGCGGCAGGUGCAGCGCUCCGUGACCCGUCAGAUGUCCUUCGACCUGACGAAGCUGAUGGUGACGGAGGACUGGUUCAGUGACAUCAGCCCUCAGUCCAUGAGGCGUCUGCUGAACAUCGUCUCUGUCACAGGUCGUCUCCUGAGGGCCAAUCAGAUCAGCUUCAGCUGGGACCGCCUGGCGUCCUGGAUCAACCUGACAGAGCAGUGGCCCUACAGGACCUCCUGGAUCAUCCUGUACCUGGAAGAGACGGACGGCGUCCCCGACCAGGCUACGCUCAAGUCCAUCUACGAGAGAGUGUCCAAGAACAUCCCGACCACCAAAGACGUGGAACCGCUGCUGGAGAUCGACGGAGACAUCCGCAGCUUCGAGGUCUUCCUGUCCUCGCGGACGCCCGUCCUGACAGCCAGAGACAUCCGGACCUUCCUGCCGUGUACGGUCAACCUGGACCCCAAACUCAGAGAGAUCAUCGCAGAUGUUCGUGCGGCCCGGGAGCAGAUGAACGUGGGCGGAGUCACGUACCCGGCCGUGCCGCUGCUGGAGGUUCAGCCCCGCCCCACCUCGGUCUACAGCCAGGUGUCGUCCACCUGCUCGCCGUCGGCCUCCUUCAGCGGCCCGUUCAACCCGCCGGCAGGGGGCGUGGUCUACAGCGGCAUGGCCGGCCCACAGCACCCCUUCUACAAUAGGCCAUAUUUCCCCCACCACCUUUACCAGCUGCCCCGCCCACUUGUGGCCUCCUUCCCACCACACCUUCAUCAACGCCCGCCUUCUAAACCCGUCAGCAGAGACGCCGCCGGCUCCGCCUCCGUCGUGUCCGGCGCUCCCGCCCUCCUCCUCAGCUCCAUGACGACAGAUGCCAUCUGUGAGCGCGUGCGGCAGAUGGAAGGCAUUGACCAGAGCAUCGUCGGGCAGUACACCGCCACCAUCCGGAAGGCCAACGUGAACGGCAGAGUUCUGUCUCAGUGCAACAUCGACGAGCUGAAGAAGGAGAUGAACAUGAACUUUGGAGACUGGCAGCUCUUCAGGGCCAUGGUUCUGGAGCUGCGUCACGUCGAGAGCCAGGUGCUGCACGAGGAAACCGCCAGCGAGCAAGGCAGCGUGGUGGGCGGUCACGUGGAGCUGGGAAGGCGGGCGAUGGCUCCGCACCUCGCCGGCGCCGCCAAUGCCGACGCGAUGUACAGCUUCAACCUGAGCUUCGAGGAGCUGAGCGGCGUGGGGCUGGACGAGCCGCAGCGCAACGGGAGCGUGGCGUGGAUGGGGGGCGCUCACCGCACCGCCAGCAUGACCAGCCUGAACUCCCAGGAGUCCUCCAACGACAUCUCCAGGCUGACGGACAAGCAGCAGGCGGAGUACCGCAGCGCCUACCAGGAAUACAUCGCCCAGAUGGCCACGCUGGAGAUGGGCGGGGCCACAGAGAGGCCCGUCCAACCACAGCCAGGACAGUUCAUGACGUCAUCCGAGGACAAGAGCAAGGACGAGCAAGACGGACGCAAGUCCUUCAACAAGAGGAGCGGCGCCAAACCGGCAGCUGACGGCACCGACUUCACCUCCAACGGCGACGGGCUCGACCCGAUUACCGAGGAGGAUGAGAAGGGCGACCACGGGUCCUCCAAGUCCCUGCUGACCCGCAAACUGUCGGCGGAGAGAGGCGGGCUGUUCCAGGGCGCCGCUGACCUGAAGGUGAAGGCGAGCGGCGGGCUGAGGUACCAGAAGCUGACCAGCGACGACGAGGAGUCCGAAGAGUCCGACAAUCCUCCGUUGAUGAAAGACGGCAAGAAAGUAGUGGAUCCGAAGCUACCCAGCGGCUCGCUGGCGCUGAAGGGGAAGGACUACCUGUCCGACGCCAUGCUGGACAAGAAGGACUCGUCCGACUCGGGCGUCCGAUCCAACGAGAGCUCCCCGAACCACUCGCUGCAGGACGAGGAGGCGGACCUGUCGCAGUUAGAGCGAGCCGACCUCAUCGAGCUGGACGAGGACGGCGCCGCCAGGAAGCGCGGCCUUCCCAGCAGCCUCAGCGGCCUGCAGGACCCCGCCGUGACCCGCAUGUCCAUCUGCUCCGAGGACCAGUGCAGCCUGCUGGCCAGCAGCCCCGAGGAGAGCUGGCCCUCCUCCAAGUCCUACAACCUGAACUGCACGCCGAGCAACGUCACACUGAACAACAACACCAACCGGCCCCGCCCACCCGCCGAGGGCCCCGCCUCCUCCGACAAAACCACCGCCGGUGACGUCAUCAUCACCCCGAGCUCCACCACCAGGCCCGGCCCGAACAACGAGAACGUCAGGGUGGUCCACCUGAAGAGGGGCCUGAAGCCCGGAGACCCGCCGGAGAUCUGCACCGUGUCAUCCGACACCGUGACCUUCAGCGAGGAGCGUGAGAGCAUCCUGUGAGGGCCGGAAGACCCCGCCUCACCUCCUGAGGGCCUGAAGACCCCGCCUCACCUCCAACACGUCAACCACAUCCUCAAAGCUCGUGUCGUCGUCUCCAGUAGAUCUGAGCAGAAAAACACAAAUCGUGAUGCAUGUCGAUGUCGUGAAGUGAUGUUUUUUACCCUCAAACUCAUGGAAUCCUUAAAUAUUGUAUUAGACGUGACGUAGAUGAAGUAGGAAUCAGGGUUGGAUUGAAAUGUUUUAUGUAUUUAUGGCUCUAAACUCUGAUCCUAAAUUUACUCUAGAUGCUCCGGUCCGACCGCCGCAGUAAAUACAUUAAAACCAAUGAGAGUAUUACUGGUACUAGUAUUAGUGGCUCUGCAAAAUUAGAUUCCAUUCUAUUUUUGCUGGAUGCCAGAGGUGCGUCGGAGUCAAUCUACAAAGAUUACCGCUGUGUCCAAAACGGCAGGACGGGUCCUCCGAAGGCCGAAUUUGUCGGCCGCA